AUGGCGUCACAAGACUUGUCGACGCUGUUGGCGUCGAUAGGCUCGCCUCUUGUUGACGGUGUGGGGGAAGCACCGAAAACAGUUCUACCUGCCUCUGCUGCCUUGGAAUUGCUCGAUGCUCGCAUUGAAGCGUUAGCAUCACCUGCGGAAGCAGAACAAGCAUCUUCGACCCCGUCAGACAAGGAGCCCCCUGAAGAGAUCAUAUCGGAAGACUUGAUACAUGUAUUAGAACAGUACAAAGUGGCUACAAGGAACUAUGCCCAUGCAUCGAGGGUCUCUACGAUUGUGUCAGCCAUGACGCAAGCACUGACACAAGUUGCCGUUGUCCAGCAAUCACUGCGUGAUCAUGAUAAUGAAGCCAUGGAUACUGCAUUAACCAGUGCUGCUUCUGCUUUAAAAGAAGUUGGUAUUGAAGUGAAUUGGAGUCAGGGUACGGUAAAGAAAACCUCCGUCGGCCCCAUACCACAAGGCGUCGUGAUGGACGAACUGAUUCACGUUUGCGAAGAUAUCAUUGGAAAGCUACGUUCUUCAACCCAUUCGCCCACUGAGAGUGGUCUGUUUAUUGAAGACCGUACACCGGAGAGCUUUACGCUGAAGAUUGAGCGUCCUCAAGACAUUGAAUGGAGUGUUCGAUCAGGCUUGGUUGAUGCACAUGCAGCUUACCUCUCCCGCAUUUUGAAUGAUGUGUUUAAGACAAUGCUCCAAACCAAUUUCCAAUGGUCCGUCAUGUCCAGCGAUGUAGGAUUGCUACUACAUCGUACUUCUGACGUACCUGAUCUGAGUCGGGGAGGUACGCUGACUCAAAUCCAAAGUGUGCUUUCCGCAGUACGUGAUGUCAUGGCUAGUCCUUCGCAAGCGUCCAACCAAGCCAAGUCACAUUUUGGCCAACUCCAACUCCUUGUAUCACGCCAAAGUAUCCCUGCCCUUCUUACCCUUAUCAAGACUCAUAUACCUGCUAGCCUGCCUGUGCUGGAAACUACAGAGGACAUGCUUAUUUGUAAGGAUCGGCUAACCAUGCUUAUCAUGGACUUCCAUAAGUCCCUGGUAGAGAUGUCAUACGUAUCUGAUGCCAAGGCGCCUCGAGCUAAGUUAUACAAAGGCGCACCCGAGCCUCUGUCCGACUUACCGACAUGGGCUCGAUCGAUGGAGCAUCUGUGCAAGCAACAUAUGCUUGGCUCGAUUCUGGAGCAAGCGCGAAAUGUCAUUGCACGAACGGAGGACAAGAGUUGGGACACUGUAUUGACAGAUAUGGAGGCGCCUGUUCGGGCCCAUGACACCACGGAGCCUCCUCGUCCACCAGACGUGAAACCUACACCUACACAGGUGAAGCAGCCCACCGAGCCGGUUCUCCCUCCCCCACCCACCAAAACCCAACCUGCUGUGACCAAAAAAUCGAAGAAGCCCACACUAGGUGGUGUCAAGAUCGGUGCCAAAUUGCCUCCUGCACCCCCACCGAAGCCUGCAUCGCCCCCCUCAUCGAACCAAGUUAAGGACGAAUGGGACUGGGGCGACGAAGAGGCAGAGGAUUGGGAGGAUACAGCAGCUACAUCUGCCAAAGAUAAGCAACCAGCGGCGGAUGACUGGGAUUGGGGAGAGGGAGAAGAAGAGGAAGAGGAUAUGGCAGAGGCCAAACCGGAGAAGCCUCAUGAGGAGCCAAAGACGGACGUGUCUGUCCCUCCACCGGAUGAUGCGUCCUUUGAUGCGUGGGACUGGAAAGAGGAGGAGUCUAUGGAUCUUUUCUCCAAGUCGGACCAGGCCAUAUGCUUGCAGACGUUGGCCGUAUCAAAUCGGAUAAUCGAAUUUUGUGCGCUGCUAAGUCGCCAAUGGGCUCACAUCGAGGGUGAUGUGCCUUCUCGGCAGCUCUUUGCGCAAGGUUUUGUGGAAUCAGUACAAAUGUUCCGUGCUUUGAUGCCCAUUCUUCAUGCGCAAGUAUUGCAGCAUGUGCCACUUCUAGGCAUGUUGUUUGCAAACGACUGUGCUUAUCUGGCCUCAGAAUUGCGCAAGUAUGCGAGUCAAUCGACCAAGUUCGGAGCAUUCCGUGUCAUGGGACGUCAAAUGUUCGAAGCUUCGCUUCGCGCCGAGGCUGACUUGUUGGACGAUAUGACGACACAAUGGUGUGCAUCAUUGGUAUCGCUUCAGAUGAAUGUGCUGAACGACUCAUUGGACAGUGCGGAUGGAUUUGUUCGCACCAGCGACGAGAGUCGCUACCACGUGUGCCAGCGAGCUGUGGAGCAGGUGGGACAUAUUCUUUCUCACUUGGCAUCAGUAUGGCGACCUGUGCUGAGUCAUGAUAUGCUCACGUCUACGUUGUGCGAGUUAUUUGAUGGUGUAUUUUUGCGCGUGCUUCACGAAGUCGAAGAAUUGCAAGAUAUCUCUGAGCCAGAGAGCAAUUCUCUAUCUCAGUUGUGUCGCAUGCUUGUAGACACGGCCUCUGAGGUUCUGCAAGGCGCUGAGGCACACAUCCCGACGUACUUCAAGUUUGCGUAUCUACCUGACAUUUUGCAAGGCUCAUUGGCUGAUAUUGAGUACUUAUUGUUUGACAAUGAGAGCGGCAGUGCUUUGAAUGAUUACAGUCGCGAAGAGAUGACGGUUUUAAUUCGGGCUCUCUUUGCCGAUACACCCAAUCGACGACGACUGCUGGACCGAGUUCAGUGA